AUGCUGAGAAGAAGAAGGUUAAUAGCGACAUGUUUUGCAAUGCUGAUAUGCAUCUUCAUAUUCCUACAUUUCGUUUUCUUCACACCUGUUAAAAAUUCCAAAACUUUCCAAGAAGUAAAACAGUGGAAAUCGCAGUUGGAUUUUUCAUUGCCACCCUUGAGAGCAACAAAGCAUGUUCGACAAAUCAUAUGCGACCGUUCUCAUAGCAAUUUUGAUCUAUGCUCGAUCAACGGUCAUACUCUAUUGGACCCAAGAACAACUACUCUGUAUGCAUUGGACCCCACCAACUCGAACCCACCAAUCACGUUGUUGAAAAUCCGUCCCUACCCUCGGAAAGCAGACAAACGAGCAAUGUCAAGUGUCAAAGAGCUGAACAUCACCUCAAUUCCACCCAAGAUUAGUUGUGGAGUAACACACCAUAGUCCAGCCCUAGCAUUCAGUGCGGGUGGGUACACGGGAAACUUCUUCUGUGACUUCAGUGAUGGCUUUGCUCCCUUUUUCAUCACCAUCAACUCUCUCUUCUCCAAUCGAGAUGUGGUCCUCGUGAUCUCUGAUAUUAGAGGUCGGUGGGCCCAAAAGUAUGCCGAACUACAGUCUCGCAUAAGCAAGCACCCGAUCAUUGACCUCAACAAAGAAAAUGUCGUCCAUUGCUUCCCAUCGGCGAUUGUAGAGUUUAAGAUUUAG